GCCCGCUCGCGUCAUGUGACCGACCGAAGGGCACCCGAGACCAGCGGCGAAGAAGGAGGCGACUCGCGGCGAGAUGGAGGCAACCUUAGAGCAGCACUUGGAGGACACAAUGAAGAAUCCAUCCAUUGUUGGAGUCCUGUGCACAGAUUCACAAGGACUCAAUUUGGGCUGCCGUGGAACCCUGUCAGAUGAGCAUGCUGGGGUGAUAUCUGUUUUAGCCCAGCAAGCAGCUAAGCUAACCUCAGACCCCACUGAUAUUCCUGUGGUGUGUCUAGAAUCAGAUAAUGGGAACAUUAUGAUCCAGAAACACGAUGGCAUCACAGUGGCAGUGCACAAAAUGGCCUCUUGACAUCUUGUAUCAGUUCUCCAGCAGCUUGUCAUGGGGACUCAAUCGUACCUUAUGUGAAUUAUCUUAUAGAGCUAUUAGAGUUCCAGUAAUUAGGCCAUUCAUGUAAUGUGCAUUGGGCACUUUUCUAUUAAUUUUAGAGUAAGCUGCUUUUUGACACUCUGUGGAUUGACUUAUCAAAAUACUAGUUAAGGGAAGUAUGUUUUGAAGCAACAGGUUUAGGUCACUUUGUAUACAGAAUUUUGUUAUGUUU